AUGAAGGUUUCGGGGAGAAGUUGUGACGCGUUAACGGGACCGGUGCUGGUGUGGCUGCUCUGCGCGCUGCUUCCUCGCUGUGUUUGUUACAACACCUCUGCACAGAUCGACCCUCUGGUGUAUGAGGAGCAGCUGCUGUGGGUGAGCGGGGGCCAGGGCCAUGUAAGCACCUACAGGAUCCCGGUGCUCACCUUCACCCCCAAGGGGAGCCUGCUGGCCUUCGCCGAGGGGAGGAAGUCCUCAUCCAGCGACAUUGGAGCCAAGUUUCUGGCAAUGCGGCGUUCCACAGACAAAGGAAACACCUGGUCCCCGACUGUUUUCAUCGUGGACGAUGUGGAGCACCCCGACGGGCUGAACCUGGGCUCGGUGGUGGUGGACGAAGAAGUGGGCUCCGUCUUUCUGAUCUACAGCCUGUGUUUCCACCUUUACCGCUGCAGUCCGUCCAGCACCAUGAUGGUGGAGAGCAGAGACGACGGUCUCUCCUGGAGCGUGCCCCGGAACCUCUCCAUUGAGCUCGGGGUCAGAGCUUUCGCUCCGGGGCCCGGCUUCGGAAUCCAGAAGCGCCACAGUCCGGCCAAGGGGCGGCUGGUGGUCUGCGGUCACGGAACCAUAGAGGGCGACGGCGUUUUCUGCAUCCUGAGCGACGACCACGGAAAAGGUUGGAGAAACGGCGCCGCUCUGAAGAGCAUCCCGUACAACCAGAAGAAAAGCGCUCAAGACUUCAACCCGGAUGAGUGUCAGCCAGUCGAGAUGCCCGACGGCAGCAUCUUAAUAAACGUGCGGAACCAGAACAACUACCACUGUCGGUGCCGUGUCAUGGCGCGCAGCCUCGAUGGAGGAGAGUCGCUCCCCGUAGAGGAGCUCUAUUUCGACUCUGAGUUGGUGGAUCCGGUUGUGGCAGCUGGAGCCCUGCAGAAAAAUGGAGUUCUGUACUUCACCAACCCCUCCAAUGACCGGAACAGAGUGAACCUGACACUGCGAUGGUCGCUGACGGACGGCUUGUCCUGGGAGAAAAAAGCCGUCCAGAUAUGGGCGGGGCCGAGCGGUUACUCCUGCAUGUCGUCUCUGGACACCGGCUCUGUAGAGGACCAGAAGUUUGUGUUCGUCUUAUACGAGAAGGGCCACAAGGACUAUUUUGAGACCAUCUCCUUUGUCAAGGUCCACUUGUACGGCGGCCGGUAG